GAACGCUGAAAACUGUCCCCUUCUGGGAUUAGUCAGCAGCCGCGUGGAAGGGGGUGACUUCGAUCAUGACAAGCGUGUUCGUGGACUCUGGGGUUUGGAAAGUCGAGCUUUCUGGGGAGCCCCAGGGAGUGUGGGAGCGAGGUGGCGCCGCCUCUCCCGGGCGCGAGUCGGACGCUCUCGGUUACCUCGCACCGCCCAGCGGACGGGCCCGCCCAGGUGCGCGGUGGGUUGGGCCGGAGUCCGGAAGGUACGCCGCCCCGCCCCGAACCUGUCCCCUCGGUCUCCCCCCGCGUGAAAGUGAAAGUGCCGAGACCGCGGAGAUCAGGGAUUGGGGGGCGGGGCCCGCACGGACCUCGGAGUGGGUGCCCGGCAUCCAGGGGCCAUGGAUGGGCUCGGCCGCCGCCUUCGAGCCAGCCUGAGACUGAAGCGCGGCCAUGGGGGACCUGCACAGGACAAUGCGGGGGAAGCUGUAAAGGAACCAGAAAGGGCCCAGGAGCACUCUCUGCCCAGCUUUGCUGGAGGGCAGCACUUCUUUGAAUACCUUCUUGUUGUUUCUCUCAAAAAAAAGCAUUUAGGGAAUGACUAUGAGCCUACGAUCACCUACCAGUUUCCCAAGCGAGAGAACCUGCUUCGGGGUCAGCAGGAGGAGGAGGAAAGGUUGCUUAAAGCCAUCCCCUUGUUCUGUUUCCCAGAUGGCAAUGAGUGGGCACCACUCACUGAGUACCCCAGGGAGACGUUCUCCUUCGUUCUGACCAAUGUGGAUGGGAGCAGAAAAAUUGGAUACUGCAGGCGCCUCUUGCCCGUCGGCCCUGGCCCUCGCCUUCCCAAAGUGUACUGCAUCAUCAGCUGCAUCGGCUGCUUUGGCUUGUUCUCCAAGAUCCUGGAUGAAGUGGAGAAGAGGCAUCAAAUCUCCAUGGCUGUCAUCUACCCGUUCAUGCAGGGCCUCCGAGAGGCAGCCUUCCCUGCUCCUGGAAAGACUGUCACCCUCAAGAGCUUCAUCCCAGACUCUGGCACUGAGUUCAUUUCGUUGACACGGCCUCUGGACUCCCAUCUAGAACACGUGGAUUUUAGUUCUCUAUUGCAUUGUCUCAGUUGUGAACAGAUACUUCAGAUCUUUGCCUCUGCAGUACUGGAGAGAAAAAUCAUCUUCUUGGCAGAAGGUCUCAGCACCCUGUCUCAGUGCAUCCAUGCUGCCGCCGCGCUGCUCUACCCUUUCAGCUGGGCGCACACCUACAUCCCAGUUGUCCCUGAGAGCCUUCUGGCUACUGUCUGCUGCCCCACUCCCUUCAUGGUUGGGGUACAAAAGCGCUUUUUGCAGGACGUCAUGGACAGCCCCAUGGAAGAGGUCCUGUUGGUGAAUCUUUGUGAAGGAACCUUUUUAAUGUCGGUUGGUGAUGAAAAAGACAUCCUUCCACCAAAGCUUCAGGAAGACAUCUUAGGCUCUCUUAAUCGGGGAAUUGAUGAAUUACAGACUUUAGAAGAAAUCAAUGAGCAUGUUUCAGGCCCUUUUGUAAAGUUCUUUGUCAAAACUGUGGGCCACUAUGCUUCCUAUAUCAAGCGGGAAGCAAAUGGGCAAGGCCACUUCCAGGAACGGUCCUUCUGUAAGGCUUUGACCUCCAAGACCAACCGCCGAUUUGUGAAGAAGUUUGUGAAGACGCAGCUCUUCUCCCUUUUCAUCCAGGAAGCUGAGAAGAGCAAGAAUCCUCCUGCAGGCUAUUUCCAACAGAAAAUACUUGAAUAUGAGGAACAGAAGAAACAGAAGAAACCCAGAGAAAAGUCUGUGAAAUAACAGUUGUGGUGAACAGGAGAGACUACACCUACAGGCCAGUUCUGGACUUCAGCCCCUGCCAGAAUGGUAGGAUCAGAGAAGCCCUCAGCCCCCAGAAUCCACAGCCUCUUCUGGAGUCCACCAUCCAGGCCUCACUGCAAACUGGUGUCUGAAUUUCGUAUCCCUGGUAUUGGCUUUUUCAAGUCUUUACAGGGCUCUGACUCCAUGCUCACAGAACUGGGCCCAGAGCUGUAUUUUUUUGCAGGGGUGACACAGUAGGAAACAGUGCAGGUGUUACAGACGCUUGGUUAGUUGUUACAAUUGCUCUUUCACUAUUACAACAUCUUCAAUAGAGAACAGAGUUGUGGCCCAAAGGCUUAGCCCCUCCACAUAGAAAAAGGACUGUGAACAUAUAAGGAUGACAGUAAAGAAGAAAAUCUUAUUACUUAUGUGUGUGUCUUUGGCUUCCACUAUGGGGGGAGAACUAGGAAAAUGAGGCAAUAAAUGUGAGACUAGAGUGGACUAGAAGUAGAUGCCCUGGUUAUGGUGGCCCUGAACCCGAGGUUGUGUUUGGAGUGGUAGAAUCAUAGAGAUUAGCAGCUCCACUUCUAACAGGAAGGGUAAGAGAUACUGGUAAAGGCAGCAACAGCACUAGACACUGGGCAGCAGAGUCCUUAGUUUAAUCAGGUGUGCUUUACAGAACGCUGGGAGCAGAGGCUGCACGUCACAGGGAAGCAGCUGUAGGCUAGGGUAACUUGAGGAUAGGAAUGUCAGUCAACAGAAGCCAGUGAAGAACAUUACAUGGUUUCUCUAAGGUCUGUUUGCCAAUCGCUUCAUCUGCACUAGUUUUUCACCGUCAGUCUUAGACUUUCCACCUCCAAUAGGUAUUUAUUUUUAGAAGCACAGUUCAACUCUUUAGCUAAAGGUGGAGGGGCUCCUGGCAUUGACAUUUUUCCCCUUUGAGAAAAGAGAAUCAUAAUCUUGAGUCUAAUGGAGAUGAGUGGUCACCUAGUCUCUCCUCCCUUUUUACCUCUAGUGACAUCUGUUCAAAUAGUGGGGAACUCUUUUAGAAGCAUCUUAUCUUUCAAAGUUCCACUUUUUUUUUUUUUUUUUUUAAUGUAUGUGAGUGUGGCCCUCAGAAGUCCUGAAUUCUAUACAAAGAACACAAAAGUUUCUGGAGGAUGAAAGAAGAGCAGGGCCACCAAAUUGAAGUUAAAGCCAGUGCAACUUGCUUUUGGGAGUGCAGAGACAGAGUACACGCAGCAGAUGUAUGUCUUUGGCUCCCACUAUGUGGAGUCCACACUGCAACUCUUAUAGCUUCUGAAGAAUUACAUCUGUUUUUGUAAUUAUGGCAGUGGUUCCUAAAGCUAGCUGUAUCUCAAAAGGCUUCAGAAAAGGAACCAGAAUCCUAGAAAUCUUAGGAAAAUUCUGAGGUGCGGGGCAGCACCUUGGCUCAAAGGAGUAGGGCGCCGGCCCCAUAUGCCAGAGGUGGUGGGCUCAAACCCAGCCCUGGCCAAAAACUGCAAAAGAAGAAAAAAAAAAAAAAUUCUGAGGUGCCAUUCCAAAGCCACCAAAUCAUUU